AUAUUCCGUUAAAAUUCAAUUCAUAUUAAUUCUCAUGACCGGGACAACUGGAGUCGUCAGGAUGGAGAGAAGAUGGAUUCAUAAGAUUGCGCACGUGGUCUGGCCGAUUCCGGAGGACGAUUCGAACAAUUCGGGAAAUUUUGCGCGGUGAUGGUCCGUGCACAAUAAUCGAGUUCAAAGAUGGAGUCAUGCUGGUCGGAAUCUGAUGAUCAAUGGUCGCGACAGAAUCAAUUGAGUCUGCUAGAGUCCGUAUAGUUUCCGGAAACCCUUUUAAAGAUGUCGACAUUCGGAAACCACUUCCGGGUCACCACCUAUGGCGAGUCACACUGCCUGUCGGUCGGCUGCAUCGUCGAUGGCUGCCCACCGGGGAUGGAGCUCACUGAAGACGAUAUACAACCCCAGAUGACCCGUAGACGGCCCGGCCAAAGCAAGAUCACCACCCCGCGAGACGAGAAAGACCGGGUGCAGAUUCAGUCCGGGACGGAGCUUGGGAUCACCUUGGGGACGCCGAUUGGCCUCCGUGUCAUGAAUGAGAAUCAGAGACCGAAAGACUAUGGAAAUAGCACGAUGGACAAGUAUCCUAGGCCGAGCCACGCGGAUUGGACCUAUUUGGAGAAGUAUGGCGUCAAGGCAAGCAGUGGUGGUGGCCGAAGUAGCGCGAGAGAGACCAUUGGUCGUGUUGCAGCAGGCGCAAUUGCAGAGAAAUAUCUCCGCUUAGCCUAUGGAGUUGAAAUCGUCGCCUUCGUCUCCUCCAUCGGGUCCGAAUUCCUUUGCCCACCUACCUCCAAGCACCCUUCAAAUACCACAAACCCAGAAUACCUCCAGCUCCUCGACUCGAUCAACCGCGAAACUGUUGACUCAUUCUUGCCCGUGCGAUGUCCAAAUACAGAUGCUGCUAAACGAAUGGAAGCUCUGGUAUCCGAAUUCAGGGACCGUGAGGAUAGCAUCGGCGGUACAGUCACCUGCGUGAUUCGCAACGCUCCCAGCGGUCUCGGGGAGCCAUGCUUUGACAAGCUGGAGGCAUCUUUGGCCCACGCCAUGUUAUCCAUCCCCGCGACCAAAGGAUUCGAGAUCGGCUCUGGCUUCGCCGGCACACGCAUCCCAGGAUCCAUCCAUAACGAUCCCUUUGUACGCAACCGGGCGGACGACACCCUUCCCCUGCCUGUGCAAGAACCGCUCGUCGAAACCCCGCUGUCCCAAUCCUCGACUCCCGGUCGAACUGCCCGCCCGAAAUUGACCACGAAAACCAACAAUUCCGGCGGGAUCCAGGGCGGGAUCAGCAACGGCGCGCCGAUCUACUUCUCCGUGGCGUUCAAACCGCCGGCGACGAUCGGGCAAGCGCAGCAGACGGCUUCGUACGGGCUGGAAGAGGGGAUUUUGGAAGCGAAGGGGAGGCACGACCCGUGCGUGGUGCCGCGAGCGGUCCCGAUUGUUGAAACGAUGGCGGCGCUGGUGAUUAUGGAUGCGGUGAUGGCGCAGUUAGGGCGCGGGGCUGCUAGGGAUUUGCUCCCGGAGAUUAAAGGCCGAGAAGUCUUGAGGGGUUUGCCGAUGCCAACGGAAAGUGAAAAGAAUGCAUCAGUCGCUAAUGGUGCCGUGGCUUGAUCGAUUCAUGGGCUUGCUCGUUCAGAUAUAUAUGCUUUCGGCAUGGCCGGACACACAUGCAGCCAACCUCUUCUUUCGCAUUAUCGGUGACUUGUCCGGUGCUACACUAAACUAUACCGCUAUUGAUGGGACAGGGGAUACGGGACCAUACCCAUGGAUUGCGACAGGAUUCGAAGUGGCUGAUGUUCAUGUGGUGUAUUGUGUCUUCGCGGUGACGGAAUUCGACGUGCAGGCGGGCCACAGGACACCACAACGUGCCGCAGAAGCAAGUACUCUCGUCAAGGUGAAUGUCGCGAACCUGUUCUAGAAACAUAGCGGUCGGUCAUGCACUAGUGAUCGCAUCGGAC